UCAAAUGUGAACCUUGUCGGUCGAUAUUGUCGAAACCUUUAGUUUAAACUUAUAAUCAAGUUAUAAAUAUCAUACAAUGUGUUUAUGAUUAGUUGGUAUCAGAAAAAAUAUCACAAUACCCAACACAAUUUCCAAAGUUAAUGUACAGUUGAAUUAUGGCGAGUUCAAUUAUCCUGGCUGGUCUCGGGAUGGCUGCAGUCGGUUUUGCUGGCCGAUACGUCUUAAAGCAGGUGCCUAAUGCCUCUGUGAAAUUUGCAGAAGCUGUUAAAAACUUGCCUAAAUUUGAUGCAGAAUCUUUAGCUACAUCAAAAUAUUAUAAAGGUGGAUUCGAACAGAAAAUGACAAAAAGAGAGGCAGCUUUAAUUUUGGGUGUGAGUCCUACAGCUAAUAAAUCCAAGAUAAGAGAUGCUCAUCGAAAAAUCAUGUUACUUAACCACCCAGAUCGAGGAGGAUCCCCACUCAUUGCUGCCAAGAUUAAUGAAGCCAAAGAUGUUCUGGAAAGUGGCAAAUCAUAACUUUGAAUACUACUUCAUAUACCACCUAUAAGUGUUAGGCUUUUCAGAAAGUAAUUAACAGAGGCCAAAAUUCGAUCUCAGCUCAUUAAUCCUUUUCUAGGCAUAGUAUAAUUUGACAUCAAGAGUGAUCUUUUCCAUUCAGUGUUUUUUUUUUCAAUUUCAUAUUCUAAGUACAAACUUCUCGGAUAUCAAGUGUUCCAUUCUUUUCUUUAUUGUAGAAAUAAGUAAUGGUUAAAAUUACUUUUCUAAUGUAGGUCAACCAGAGUCUAGCCUAGUUGGUAUUGACCCUGCCUGUGAAGCCAGUGGUCCUGGUCAGGGCAUUUCAUUUGGUUUCAGGUGUUUACUACUUAUUUUAAAGUAUUUGUAUAUUAUAUUUAUCUCUGUCUGAGUAUAUGUCAAAUUGAUUCAAAGAAAGUGCCUAAAUAUAUCCAUUAUGUUCCACAAUAUUUUUUUUAAGAAAAUCAAUCAUUCUGACCUCUGGUAAUUAUUUGAGUUAGACAUGAAUAUAUCCAGUAAGAGUAAACAUGUGGUACAAAUACUUUCUCAUGAAUGCUUCAGCAUUGUUGCUGCAGACAGUGAAUAUGUACUUUGUUGGAGAACCUAUAUAACAGUUUGUAGAUAUUCAUUUGUUUAUAUAUUUUAGUGUUCAAUGCAGAUUGCAUUUUAUAAAGGUGUGUUAUUAGAAUUAACAUCUGAAAUAAAUUCAAUAUCAACAUUGAA